AUGCUUUUGGAGCAUGGAUUUUAUGAAGUUCGGAUCAUGUGCAUUCCUGUUGGCAAGAAUUCUGGUGGCCUCAAAGACCCGUCAGUUCUGAUAAUUGAAAUCCAGUACCAUGGGCAUCUGGCUGCCCAAAAUCUAAGCGACACUGUCCCCCAGAGUCACUGCGAGACUACCUGGCCUAACACUGGCUGUUUUUCAGAGGUGGCAUAUUCCCAGAGCACUGGCCAGAAAGAGCAGCUGAGCCGCUGCCUGCAGCGAGGGAUCAGGCGGGUCCAGGACCUGUGUAAAGUCCUCCAGCUCCCGACGGUGUUCGAGGAAACGGCAGUGUCGUACUUCCAGAGAGCUCUGCAGCACCCCUCCUUCCACCUGGUCAGUCUGGAGAAGAAGGAGCUCCUGGGGGGCUGCUGCAUCUUUGUCACUUGUCGACAGCACAACUGGCCACUGACGAUGGGGACGAUCUGUUCCCUCCUUUACGUGAAGCAGGAGCUGUUUGCCAGUGUCUACCUGAGCCUUCAGAAGGAGCUCGGGCUCUCUGUGCCGGCCCUGAGCCUGGGGGAUCUGGUGAAGACGCACCUGAACAGCUUUCAGCUGUUCCAGCACGCAGCCAACGUCCCUGCCCCGUUUGUGGAGGACAAGGAGAAGAUGGUCGCCCGAACAAUGCAGAUCGUGGAGCUGGCCAGCGAGACGUGGCUGGUCACCGGCCGUCACCCCAUUCCCAUCGUCACGGCCGCGGCCUUCCUGUCGUGGCAGUCGCUGCAGCCCGCCGCCCGCCUCACCUGCACUUUCGCGCGGUUCUGCAAGCUGGCGGGUGUCGAUCUGCCGCCGCCGGCGCACCUGAGGCUGAAGGAGCUUCUCGAGAUCCUCCUGAGAAUGGCCUCCCAGCUCGCUUGGCUGAGGGUGUUUAACAUGGACAAGAAAACGGUGGUCAAGCACAUCGGGGACUUGCUGCAACACCGAAUUUUCCUGCUGAAAAAUGCCUUCUGCCUGGAGGAUGAGGAGGAGCAGCGUGCCGUGGCCCCGGGCGAGGGCUCCCCCGGCUCUCCUCCCGCGGCAGGAGGGGCAGCGCAGGAGGAGGGCUGUCCCUCGGAAAGGAAACGCCAGCAUGAGGGCGGCCCGCGGCCCUUGCUGCCGCCCUGCCUUAUCAAUCCAAGGAAGAGACUGCGGACCGCAGCCCCGAGCGCUUCGGACUCUGCCAUCACCGGCGACGAGCCCAUCUCCGACAGCGAAAUCGAGCAGUACCUGCGGGGCCCGGAGGAGAUCCGGGCCUUCAGGAAGGCCAAGGCCUGGCCGUGAAGAUGGUUGUCGCCGGCGUGGUCCAGAGGAUGGUGCUGCCAGAGACGCCGGGGCAGCAGGGACUGUGGGACCAAAAGCAUGAAACCCGACGGUGACGGAGCCAUCGAACACUGCAGGGACAGUUGCCCAAGGGAGCGGGGUCGCGGGGAAGGAGUGGGCCACGUCCUCUUUCAUGUUCUGGAUGAAAAUGGGGCUUUUUAUAGAGUGACUGCUUUGGGUUCUGUUACAUUUCUGAUAGAAAUAAAUACAAGCGCAGGUGCCAGGACC